AUGUCACAGGAAUCAACUACUCAUACAACACCAUUACAAAUAUCAAAUACUACUUCUCCACAACCAGAAAAUGGAAAAACUGUUGUUCAUGAAGAUGUUGAAAUGGUCGAUGCUGAAACUGCUGCUACAUCUGGUUCUGAUUUAUCAUUACCAUUAUCUAAAAUAAAGAAAAUAUUUAAAAUGGAUCCUGAAUAUCAAGGUGCUUCACAAAGUGCAGUAUAUACAACAGGAUUGGCUACUGAAUUAUUCGUUCAAUAUUUAACCGAACAAGCUAAUUUAUUAGCAAAAAUGGAAAAACGUAAAAAAAUUCAAUAUAAAGAUUUUGCAAAUUGUAUUCAAAAUCAUGAUUCAUUACAAUUUUUAACUGAUACAAUACCGAAAACUCAACCAAUUGGAGAUUUAAUAAAUGAAAAGAAGGUGAAUUUACUAAAAGAACAAGAUCCAAAACAAUCAAAAACAAAAGCACCCAAAGAAAGUAAUAACGUACCUGUUCAAAAAGAAUUAGAAACGGGUCAACAAACAUUACCUUUCAUUGCUGAAAAACCAAUAAAGAAAGCAGGUAUAAAUGAUUUAGUAGGAUGA